UUGUCACCGGUUUCCCUGCGUCAAAGCUUCAAUUAUGCACAUUUAAGCAAUCAGUAUAAUUGAAAGUUCAAAUCGUGGGGAGCAAAUGUAAGCGGAAAAUGCAUCAAAUCGUGUCGAGGAUGUGACGAUCGUUGCGUAGCAUACCCCCGGUUGCUAAUUAGAUUAGAUAGGGCAACUUGAUUAGUUUGCUCUGAUGUUUUCUGGAGGACUCCCAACAUAUAAACACGACGAGCAUGCUGAAGCCACAUCAAGGUUUGUGCUGGAUGUUGCUUCUUCUGGCAUCGCUGAUCGCCACUUUUAUGCUGGCCUUUAGCUACUGGAUGUUUGUGCCGCGCGAGGAUUCAUUUUGGUCUAUGGUAUCCAACAAUUACAGUGGAACUAGAAUAAAGUACUCCAUGCCGCCGUCAGCAGUACCUGAGGAACUUAAGCUUCGGCAAAGACCGCCGUUCGUUUACCAGAUAUUACAUUGAAAGAAGCAGUAUAGUAUAGUGUUUACAUGCUAUGUAAUCUUACGCUAGUUUAACAAUAAAUUACAUGUACACAGAAGCUGCUUUGGGUGGCUUGGUUGGGGUAGCAGGCAUCACAAGUUAGUGGCUCACAGUCAGACGUC